AUGAGGCCAGCCGCCUUCUUGGGUGAGCUUUUCACCUUGGUAACGACAGACAAUUACUGGGAGAACGCCAAGCACGAGCGGCGAAACAUUCAGGGGCGUUUGGAUACGCGGGUCAGCGAGACGAAGGGCCAAUUGGCAUAUGCCGCGCCGUGUGGGCCUUCGUGGUUUUGUUGCUCUGCACCCCCCUGGCGCUUUACGGAAAAGAAAUGAACAAAGGCCAGAUCCGUGCGCAAAAGUGAGAAAGCGCGCCCGCCCCUUUGGGGUGCGCGGCUGCCUAAGGUGCCUGUGCAUGCAUACCUGGGGCCAGUUUGGCGCAGUCCAUUGUGGGAGAGGAAUUGGCGGCCCUGGUACGGGGUCCGCGGCCGAAAAGACCUAAGCCGCGGGCGCCAGCGUCACGUCGCUGCAAGAGCCUGCGGCGGGCGCGCGGCGCGCAGGCCCAAGCCAUGCAUUGGCCGCCCGCGCCGCCUUUUUUUGCGUUGUUUGUUUCCUUCUUUGUUUCUCUCAUUCGGUCGCUCGCGCGGCGCCGGCUUGCUUGGUAGCAAGCACCCGGCCACGCGCCGGGCACGGUCGGCAGGGCGGAGCCCCGACGGAGUUAUUAAUAAUGAGAAAUCUGGGCGCAAACAGCGCAGCGGCCGGUCCGUGCCUUGCGGCCCAUCCAAGCAACGAGCCAGGGCGCCAACCCGAGCCACACCGACCGGCCCUAGCUGCGGAGCGCCGAGGCGGUGGGGCCCUCUGCGGCGUGGUUGCUGGCGCAGGGGCGCGCGCUUCCUGCACCCACCUGGCCCGGAGGCGGGGGCCAGGCAGGUCGGGGGCCGCCUCCCUCAUUUUAUCCUACCUCCCCCACCCUCGCAUAGUAUGCAUAGUACGCAUAGCACACGUAGCACGCAUAGCAGCGAGUGAUCUUCAGGUCGAUUCUCUGCGACCCUGCCUGCGCACCGUAGGCGGGGCGGUCGCGGAGGUCGUCGGGUUAGGGGGUAAACGCGUAUCCAGUGAACGGGGAGCCGGGGCUCUGCAUUGCAGCCGUGGAAGCUGUUCCAGCCAUUGUGUGACGAGGAAGCGCGCCACGAUGCAGGGUGGCGGUUCGGCACUCGUUUCAGAUGCGGCCGCCAUUUUCUUUUCUCUGCGUUGCAAUCAUAGGGCAGAAGGGUCGCUGGGAAAUUGGUCUACGUACCCGAUACAACGACCAUGCUGCCGGCCACGCGCGCAACAGAGACAGCACAGCCAACCGCGCACGCUGCCGCGCGUGCCACAGAGGGGCCAAGGGUGGGGGCGGUCGCAGAGCAAAAGCCCCGCGAAGCGCAAACGCGCCCCCGGCAUUCGAAUGAUGUCACGGCGAGGAUUAUGGCCAAAAACACGGAAUGGGAAGAACAACUGAAACCCCUUCGCGUCGCGGUGUUGAAUGCUGACGGGGACCUUGGACCCCUAUCAAGAAAAUUCCAGGAAAUGGAAAAUCAGCUAGCGAAAGACGUCAAAGACUACAACGCAAUCGUAUUCGGAGGAACAUCCGACACAAACAUGGAAAAUCUCCGACAGCUGACCGAGAGCUCAUGGAAGGAUAAGCGGAAACUCGCGGACACGCUUGGGUCGCUUCAAUAUUAUUUGAACCAGGCGAAGCGCCUGUUCGAUGAAAUGGGAAAGGAAGAGGGCGCCCCCCCCACUUCUUCGUUCCCCGAGGACUACGAGUCCGCGCCACAUCAACUGAGCGGACCAGCUGGCGGACAAGGGGCUUCGUAG